UGAGCCUCUUUUGCAACAACCAGGAAGCCACAAGCUGUAAGAAGGUAGAAAUGACAAGGAAGAGAAAGAGUAGAGCGAAAGGAAAGGCAGGUGAACAGAAGAAGGGGACCCAAAAAAGAGAUGGCAGCACAUCUUCAUUCAGAACGCGUUCACAGAGCCAACCGAAAGGCAAGCAUACAAGUCGCUCAAGCCGAUCCAGAUCCAGAGGCCAUGGACGGCACAGCACGGACGCAACAGAGUCUGAGCCGCUGAGCAAAGAGGCUCAGACUCAAACCAGCUCUAGUGGGUUGGAAAACAAGGAGACUCAGACAGAGACUGUCAGUCAUGCAACACAGCAGACACAAACAGAGAUCAAUGGCAACACUGAGACCACAGAAGUGUCACAGACAACAGACCUCUGUCCUGAAGAUGUUAGGAUGGAGGUGGAAACUGUGCUGACAAAGAACGAAGGAAAAGAAAGUGAUGGAGAAAAGGAAAGUGUUGAGAGGAAGAAAAGGAGAAUGAGUGAAUCAAGGGAACCUACGAAGGAGACAAAAGAAAGGACCAAACUUUCGGAUGGUUGCAGAGAACAAGAUGGAGAUGAUCAAAAAGACAGAGACACAAGUGAAAAACAUUCAAAAGGAGAUUCACAAAAAGACACUAACCUCAAGUCAGGAACAGAAGAGCCAAAAUCAUACGCAGCGGCUGCUGCAGCAGGAAAGGAUAAAGAGUCUAAGGAGGAGAAGAAUCAGACCGCAGCAGAUCAGGUCGAUAGGAAAAGAAGAAAACCUUCCCCAGUGAGGGCUCCAGCUGAACAGCCGACGUUCACUUUCUACAUUUAUGCUGUUCUGGACAAAAGAUUCAAAUUUAACCAACAACAGGACUCCCUUUUGCUCCUUACUGCGAAUGAAAGCUUUGAACUACAAAUUACACAUUUUUUGGGUCUACGACAGGAAGGCUUUUUGAUUGAAGCAACAUUUUCAUUUUGGGGAUACAUUGAAAGGGGCGUUCAAAUACAAUACACAUAUGCAGUGCAGAAACAACAUGGCUUCAUUGAGGAAAUAGCAUUAAGAUAUGUUUACGUCCCCCCUGACAAAACAGUAAAAGAACUGCACCUUUAUGAAGGUUAUAUAAGUUCAAGUUCAAGAUCUGUUACAGAAAAAGUGACGGGCUGGUUGUUUCAGAAUAAACAAAAAGAAAUUUGCAAAGGCUGGGAGACCUCUGCUCAUGUGCUGCUGGACAGAGUGUUUCAGAAAUGGGGGUCAUUUAAAAAUGAAGACAACGAGACACUUAUUGAACACCUGAGGAGAUACAAAGAAGGUUUUCAGUCAGUCAUGAGUCGUUUGAAAUUUCCAGUGAAUCUCUUCCCCUCUCAAAUAAACGUCUCUGAACUGAUUUCUGAAAGACUGAGUUGGAUUUUAAAAGGAGAAUCUGGAGGGAAAACUUCAGAGAGCUCAACUGUGAUCAGAUCUUUGGAAGUGGCCCUCUCAGUGUUCAAGGUGUGCUGUGGCUGUGGUGUGGAACUCAGCACAAAAGACUGGGGCAAACUCUGCCAUGUUGUUUUUGAAAGGACUGCUUCUCUUGGAGAAAUGCAAACAACCCUAACAGCCCUACCUUCACUUGACUUCACUGUGAUGGGACUGGUGAACCAAUGUUCAAGGAAGCUGAUCUUUGAAGUGGUGUUACUUGUUCCUGUCCUUCAUUUACUGAGAAAGCCAGAGGAAAAGUCAGAUCCGGGCUCAGCUAUGGACGAACAGACAUGGGCAAGACUUGAAAAAAUAGAGUAUCCAUCUUUUAGGGAGAGAAUUAGAGGAUUCCCUGACAAAAGGAGGAUGGUCCUUAAACUGAUCAAAGAUCACUUACCAAUGACCAAAGAUAAGCCUUACUUGUUGAAAAGCUGGCUUUCUAUCGUGGCAUUUGAGGAUGUCCCUGAGUUUGCCCAGAUGACCGAAAGUCUUCCUGAACUCCUGAUCCAGAGCCUGAUGUACAGAAUGAAGGAGACUGAACAAAAGGCAGACACUGAUCCCAACCGCACAGAAAAAAAUCUAAAGGCAACGGAAAAGGUCCUGAACCUCUUGUUGAAGAGGGUUGAGGAGGACAGAGGACGAAUCAUGGAGUCAAAGUCGUCGGGCUUAUUCCUUCAGUGUUGUGUAAAUGUUCACAAGAGCGCUUGCAAGAUUGCUCGACUUGUCCCACAAUACGAAGUCACAGUGCUCUCUUUCCAGCUCCUGCUUAAAAUGGCUGAAAUUCUUCAUGAGAAGCUUUCAAAGGGUGGAGAGGAAAUGAAAGAAAAACACAAUCAGCUUUUGUCCAAGCUUAAUGACAUUCAAAGGGAUUUCACUAAGUGGAGAGAUGGGCUGCUCCACAAUCCUCUGAUGCAGACCUCCGGAUUCACUUACCCUAGUGAAAUACAGUUGUGGAAUGAUUUGUAUGGGAUUGAGUGUUCAAUACCAGACAUCUCUGAAAGCUGGAUGGAUUCAUUAGACCGAGACCUGAGACUGAGAGUGUCCCACAUCUCUGACACUAACAAGAUUGUUGUGUACUUUCUGGAGACGUCAGCAAAGGCUAUCAAGAAUAGUCAUGCAAACAUUCAGUCUUGUUUCAAAGAGUCGUGUGAGGCUGCUAUUAAGAACCAGUGUCAGGCAAAGAAGGAAGGAGACCUUUUACGCUUUCUCUUUACCAAGUCCAUUUCUUGGUCUGUCGUGUCCUCCAUUAUUGUGGAGUCAGCAGCUUGCUUUGAGGAGAAUUAUGAAGGUCGUCUACUGGACCCACAAUCAGCAAUCAACUUCCUUUUGUCUCAAGACAAAUGGAAUCAGUGGAAGUUAGAAGAUGAUGCCAGUCGUUUAAUAGCAGAUAGUCAGUCAUUCUUGGGUUGUCUGAUUCAGACUCUUUGCCAGGGAAAUUUACCCCUUGGCCACCUUAAGACCAUCUUUAAAUAUAAGAGUCAAUUUCAGAAGCUUUACAACCAGUAUAAAAGCAACAAGAAAGAAGAGAAUAUCUCAAUCAAUGUGUCAGAGCUACUCAGUCAAAGAGAAGAUGACUUGAAGGCCUUUGAGCAACAGAAGGAGUACAUGACCAACUUUAUAAAUAUGCUGGGGAAGAUUGAAGAUGUCAUAGAUGUACCAGAGGUUUCUUCCCUUGAAGACAUGGUCAAAACCAACCUUCAGGCGGAAGCACUGGACAAAUUGGUUGAAGUGCAAACAUAUUUCUCCAAAGAUGAUCUUGACAAAAACAGCACAAGGCGAGUGUUAUUCUACACUUCUAAUCUGGAAGUCCAAGACAUGGCACGGGAGAUGUAUGAAGUGAAAACCAGCAACAUUCUUCUAUGUUUAUGGCGAGAAAAGGCAACAGAAUAUUUAAUGCCUGGUCCUCAGCUUUUGUCUCUAGACUUUACUGAAGUCUGUGAAAGAAUCUGGAGGCCUUGUCUUGCUGACUUCCUUGACCUUGGUGAACGGAUUGCAGUUGGAGAAACUUGUUUUAAAGAGGUGGACCAAGCUUUGAACUGGUGUGGGGAUCAGGGUGAAGGAGAUCGUCUAAAGAAAGAGUUCACUUUGAUGGCCACUAUGCUGAAAAGCCACAGUUCUCUCGAUGAGAACUGGCCAGAGCAUCGUCUCAGUCAGAUUCAGGAAUAUAGACGCCUUUGCCAUGCUGCGGAAUCUGCUGAGGUCAUACUGAAAAUAAAAGAUAGACUGGGAUUACAAGGAGACUUCAGCCAUAUACAUUGCCUGACUCAAGUGAGAGAUGACUCAUUCAAACAAAACACACUGGAUUCGCUGAGAGAAGAUCUCAUCAGAGCCAGGCAAAAGCUGGCAGAUAUCAAACGAAGGCAGCACACAGCCUGUCUGAAGGCAUUCUUGGAAAGUGAUACUCUGAUAAAAUGGGUCAAAACACAAAUUCCAAGUUUAAGGGACCUUAAAGUCUUUAUGGAACUGGCCACAAUUUCUGCUGGAGAGAAUGAUGCAGACAUUGAUAGGCUAGCCAGUUUUGAAACUGCUGUGAUGGGCUAUGGCCCUUUGCUUUACUCACUAUCAGAAGAUGCAGGAUUUGAAGAGUUCAUGGAAUAUGCUAAGCAAGUGUGGGGCACCCUUGACAAAGAUGAGAAACUCCUAGAUAAACUGAUAGACUCCAAUCGGUGGUUGGAUUGGCUAAAAGGUUUAAGGGAUACUCAUGGCUCUGUAGAGCAAUCGUCUUUGUCCUUGGCCUCAGCUAUCAACACUGGAGGCGUGUAUCAUGUGGGCUGGCCUGAAGAUUUCAAUGGGAAAACAUGUUUGGAGAAUGUCUUUCAUGUGAAAGUGACGAAGAACAAAGAAGCAAAGACAUACAAUCUUAAUGAACUCUUAGAGCUGCAGAAUAAGCUCAUGUUGAUGUCAUCUAAAGGGGAGCAUGGAAGGGAUCAAGUCAACAAGUUUACUCAGGUUUUUGAAGGAGUACAAAGGUUGGGCCACAUCCUCCUGCAGUUGCGCACAUCGGGUAAUAUUCUCUUCCAAAACUGGGGAGCACAGAUAGCAUGCAACCACCAAGAUCAACGCUGCAUUCAAGUUAGCUUUUCCCUUUUAAGCAAGUGUGUUGUAUAUCAGGGUGAGGUUGUAGAGCAACUUCAAAAGCUGUGUCGCUCCCUGGAGGACUUCCAUAAAGACUGGUGUAGCCACUUGACUAAGAUGCGCUCUCAGUACUACGCACUGAAUCAUUACACUUCAGAGCAAGUGGUCUAUCUUUGCGAAUGGAUCAACAGUGUAACUAUCAGAAGGAAACCUGUGCCACAACAAAUGUGGCAUCUUUUGACUCCUAUUAAACCAGAUUGUACCUUAAAUGAGAUCAGAGAGGCCUUUGAAAAAGCAACUGAGACUGAAUCUAUGUUUCAAUGUGACAUGGCAGAGGAAUCAGAACCAAAUAGUGAAUUUGGCCUGCCUUUACAACAUAUUGGAAUGGAAUGCUUGGAGGACCUGUGGCAGCAAUUUAAGGAGAACAUGUCCAAAUUCCUUACCCACCAUGUGGAUGUUGAAAUACUUGGGCGGUUUCUCUCCAAUCUCUCUGCCAUGAAUCAAAUGCACAUCAAACGCAAGAUUCCUCCUAUUCUACAAGAGGGAAGGCCGAACCUUGUCCAAUGCUCUGAUGGGGAACUGAUUAGCACCACUCUGUCUUUUUAUGCAGAGAGUCCACAGCAACCUCUUCCAACAACUGAUGAGGUAUUAAUGUGCCAAGAGGGGACAACUAAAGAGGAGGUGGAGAUCUUCCUCCGCCGAUGCCUGGGAAUACAGGGUACUGCAAGCAGCCAUAAGAAGAUUUACACUCUGGUCAAUCCAGGAGCACUGACCUAUGAUGUGAGCGUGGCUCUGGUGGAAUACUUUGAGACACAAGAACGGUGUGCAGGACCUCAUUACCGUCUAGUGAUGGUCUGCCCUGUAAACCAGGAUAGAUAUGUUCCUUCCUUCUUCAGCAACUAUAAGGUGCAAACUGGUCUGAGUAUAUCUGCAGAAAGAAUAAAAAAUUACAUUCGCCAUCACUUCCGUAUACCGUCUGAGCUGGUCACCCACUCAAAAGUCUAUCCAGGGGAACUCUCUGUCUGGAUGAUUGCAUCUGAACGUCCAGCUGUUGGAAAGUCUCUGUAUGUCAAGCGUCUUUUUGAGCAGUUCAGAAGAGAGGUUCGAACAGCUACCUUUCUAACAAUCAGACUCAUCGAGCCUUACGUUGACAUGGAUGGAUUUGUCCAAACUCUGUCUGAGAGACUGGCUCCACUGAGAGAGCAGGACCCUGUGCUGUUGCACAUUGAUGCUGCAGCUGUGCGUCAUGGCUUGGAGGAAUUCCUGUUCAAAGUGCUCAUUUUAGGAUGUCUUAGUGACAGCAAGGGAACUAUAUGGAGGAGAAAUACAGCUCACUUAGUGGCAAUUGAAGUACUUCAGCGAGGUCAAAAGAGUCAACCCCAAAUAGAGACAACCCAUGGGUUUUUGCAUACACUGCCUACUAUCUUCUGCAGGCCUCCUAAAGAUAUCAAGGCUUUAGAGAUCAUGAGAAAACAAAGGGGGUACACAUCUUUGGAUCCACUGAUGGAUAAUGGAGAGUUUCAAAGUGAAGACAUUCAAAGACCCUACCAAUACUUAAUGAGAUUCAACAUGAAUUUGAACUUGGAUGACUUCAAUUAUCAGGCUCAUACUGUAGAAGGUGAUCCAGCUGACUGUCUCCAUCACCUUUUGUCAAACUAUGGCUUGAAGGACCCAUCAUGGGCAGAAUUGAAGCACUUUACUUGGUUUCUUAACCUGCAGCUUAAAGACUGUGAGAAUUCCUUAUUCUGUGAUCCAGACUUCCUUGCUGGCAAUUUAAGUGGCUUUAAGAACUUCAUUGUAAAAUUCAUGAUUCACAUGGCUCGAGACUUUGCCUCUCCUUCCGUUGACAUCUCUGACCAGAGCUCCUCCUUUUUCUCUAAGAAUGAAGAUGAAGAAGACAUCCUAUCUAUUCGAAAACGAUGGGAAAAUGAAUCUCACCCAUACAUCUUUUUCAAUGCCGAUCAUCUCACCAUGUCUUUCUUAGGAUUCCACGUGAAGAAAAAGGGAACAAUUCUUAAUGCAGUCGAUCCAAAAAGUGGUGAAGUGUUAAUGGAAAAUGUGAUGACACAAGAGCUGUUUUCAGACAUUGAGCGACAAAGAAUUAACCUUUCUGAGGACUUUGAUGACCUGUCCAGAGAAGACAAGAUACAAAGAAUUUCCUUUGUUGUUGGUGCCAAAAAAGGCUGGGAAAAAGGAAAGUUUGAUCCAGAUCCUACUUAUGAACUCACUACUGACAAUGUCAUGAAGAUGUUGGCUAUUCAUAUGAGAUUCAGAUGUGAGAUUCCUGUGAUCAUCAUGGGAGAAACUGGCUGUGGAAAAACGCGGCUUGUGCGCUUUCUCUGUGAUCUGCAACGUGAAGGCAGAGAUGUUGAAAACAUGAAAUUAGUCAAAGUUCAUGGAGGUACUACUUCUGAGAUUAUCUAUAGGAAGGUGCGGGAAGCAGAAGAACUUGCUCAGAACAAUUUGCAAAAAUAUAAACUUGACACAGUUUUGUUUUUUGAUGAAGCCAACACAACCGAAGCAAUCUUUGCCAUUAAGGAAGUGCUAUGUGACAAAACUGUACAGGGAUACCCUCUGAAGAAAAACUCUGGUCUGAAAAUAAUUGCUGCCUGCAAUCCAUACAGAAGACACACACCCAAAAUGAUUAAUCGUUUGGAGCAAGCUGGUCUAGGAUACAGGGUGAAAGCUGAGGAAACUGAAGAUCGCCUUGGUAAAGUUCCCAUGAGACAGCUUGUGUACCGUGUGCACCCUUUACCCCCAAGCAUGGUGCCUCUGGUAUGGGAUUUUGGACAGUUAAGUAAUUCAGCUGAACUCUCUUACAUUCGUCAGAUUGUGCAAAAACAAAUUAGACAUCAUCGAUUGCCCCUAGCAUGUCAGAGUGUGAUCACAGACGUUUUGGCUGCCUCUCAGAGAUACAUGCGUAGCCAAGCAGAUGAAUGCAGCUUUGUAAGCCUUAGGGAUGUGGAGAGAUCAAUGGGUGUCCUGAUUUGGUUUUACAACCACAGAGAUGAUCUUUUUACAAGUUCCCGCUUGAUUGAAACUGAGCAGAUGAUCUUGAAAUGCUUGGUACUUGCAGUCAGUGUUUGCUAUUACCCAUCACUUGAAAACAAAAGUCCAUACCUAGCAACUAUCAGCAAAUACUUUCCUGAUCAGUUCAACUCUAAAGAGUCACUGGAGCAGGAGAUCACUUCAUGCCAAGAUUUUUUUCUUGAGAAAAUCCAAACAAGAAACACGAUUGCCAAAAAUCUGGCCUUGAAAGAGAAUGUCUUCCUUAUGGUGGUCUGCAUUGAGUUGAGAAUUCCACUUUUUCUGGUUGGCAAGCCGGGGAGCUCAAAAUCUCUUGCUAAGACUGUUGUAGCAGAUGCAAUGCAGCGUCAGGCCUCUCACUGUGACUUAUUCAAGAAACUCAAGGAGGUUCAUAUGGUGUCUUUUCAGUGCAGUCCUCACUCAAGCCCUGAAGGAAUCAUUGGAACUUUCCGGAACUGUGCUCGUUUCCAAAAGGAUAAGAACUUAGAAGAGUAUGUGUCAGUAGUUGUACUGGAUGAAAUAGGACUUGCAGAGGACUCUCCUCAGAUGCCAUUGAAGACUUUGCAUCCUCUUCUAGAGGAUGGAUGCAUAGAUAGUGACAACCCAGAACCAUACAUGAAGGUUGGAUUUGUUGGAAUUUCAAACUGGGCUCUCGAUCCAGCAAAAAUGAACAGGGGUAUUUUUGUGUCCCGUUGGGACCCAAGUGAGAAAGAGUUAGUGGAGACAGCUGAAGGCAUCUGCUCAUCCUCCCACACUGUUCUUCUCAAAAUCAAGCACCUUCUGCCAAAGUUGGCAAAAAGCUUCCUAAACAUCUGUAAAAAUGACACUGAGCAGUUCUUUGGACUCCGAGAUUAUUAUAGCUUGAUAAAAAUGCUUUUUGCAACAGUCAGCAAUUCAGAUCAAGAGCCACGUGACAGCGAGUUGGCAGAGGCUGUGUUGAGAAACUUCAGUGGACAAAGGGAUGAUUUUGAUCCACUUGAUUACUUCUGUGAAAUAUUCCAAAACAUUCAAGAUGUCCAAAGGCCAAGUACACUGAAAAUGAUUGAACAAAGUCUUAACCACCACAGUGACAAAGAAUGUCGAUACCUUCUUUUGCUCACAACUAACAAUGCUGCCUUAUACAUAAUCCAACACCAUAUUUUCUCCAAGGAGAACUAUACAUGCCCAGAAAUUGUCUUUGGAUCAGGAUUUCCCAAAGACCAGGAGUAUGCCCAGAUAUGCCGCAAUGUGAGUAGAAUAAAGGCAUGCAUGGAGACAGGUCGAACUGUCAUCCUUUUGAAUCUCCUUAAUCUGUAUGAAAGCCUGUAUGAUGCUUUGAAUCAAUACUAUGUGUACUUCAGUGGACAGCAAUAUGUUGACUUGGGACUUGGUUCACAUAGAGUAAAGUGUCGAGUUCACAGAGACUUCAGACUAGUUGUGGUGGAAGACCAGGAAAAAGUCUACCAGAAGUUUCCUGUUCCUCUUAAAAACAGACUGGAGAAACACAAAGUUGAUAGGAGUACAGAUUUGACUCCUUGGCAGCACAGAGUUUUGGGAAAACUCAAACAGUGGGUGCAAGAGUUCUCAAAAGUUCAGCAAUCUGAAUCUACUGAAGCAAAUUUCAGCUUAUCAGAUGCCUUUGCUGGUUUCCAUGGCGAUGCUUGUGCCAGCGCACUCCUGCAGGCUUUAGAAAAAAUACAAAAACUCCACUGCAUUCCCAGUUACAAGAAUGAAGUCAGCGAACCAAGUGAAGAGGGAUCUAACAUUAAUGUGGCCAAGGACAUAUGCAUGAAAAGAGAGGAGAGUGAGGCUCAUCACACUGAUGAAGAUAUGAUAGAGUCUCAAGAGGAAAUGAACAAAUUCCUUGAUGAGGCACAAGGUGAUGCCUCAAUGGAAGUUGAAAGCGAAGUACAGGAUGCAGCGGUUCAUGAAGAAAUUGUGACUCAGGGAGAUGCUUCUGAUCUUGUGAAAAUGGAUGAAGAUCCUGUUGAUGUUGAGGGAAGAGACAGCAUGGAGUCAAACAAAACCUUAGACGAGGAAGAGGAGGCCUAUGACACUGCCAAGUGCUUUCUCUUAAAUUGUUCCACACCUGACUCCGUACUUAGGUUGAAGUAUUCUGAAUUCGGAAAUCAGGAGAAAGACAAACUUCAGAGAAUGUAUUUCCAUCAGCAAAGCCAUCAAUCUCUCAGAGACCUAUUAGACAACCAUCUGAACAAAACCAAUCAGGACAAGAGCAGAUUCUUAGAGGUAACCACAUUCUCCAAUCUUCUCACUGGAGCUGAUGUGAGAAAUCUUGCUCCGGCCUUGGGUUUGUCCACCGAGCGGCUUCUUCUUCUCUCAUUACACCAAUUUGACACAGAGGUUUCUUUUUGCAGCAAGAUAAGGUCAUUCCUAAAGGAAUCUGGGCUGUCUCUACACAUUCUCUUGGUUCAGAUGGACAUGGAAGAGUCAUUGUGCAAAAAUGAACUUAUUGCUUCAGCGAAGUACUGUACCAUGAAUGAAAUCUUGUCCUUAAAGUCCGAUGAGUGCAAUGUCUAUACUGUGUUCAUAACAAAGCUCUCCCGAAUUGGGGAGCAAUGUACAACAAGUGGCAACAAGUACAUUGGCUUUCAAGGAGGAGUUUGGCUGUCUGCACAUAUUGAUGACCUCAGAGAUUCUGAUGACAUGAGCUUAAAUCUUAAGGCUUUUUGUGGGAUACCUAUAAGUAAACUAAUCUCUCAGACAAUCCAGUCAGGUGUCACACAAUCAGAAGAAAUGGAUACAAGUGGACCAGAAAGUGAGAGGGGAGAUUCAGUACAUCUACACAGUUUGUCCCUAAUAAGAUCCUGCACCCAGAAAGCUGUUUCAUUGCUGAGAGAUACAGGCAAAAAAACCUCCAGGAGUAUGGAGCGCAUGAACAUAUUACUUGGCCUUCUGGGAAGUGACCCUGGGCGGAUAGGAGUACGGUUCCAGGAAGUGUUGCUAAGGAGGCUGGUGUUUGCACUGAUGCGGAAGGAGGAGCUGGUUCCUAAUGCAGAAGACUGGGCUUAUAAAGUGGCAAAGAACCAUAAAGCUCUGCAGGAAGGUGGAACACUUCGGCACACUUUGUGGCGCUGUCUACAGGGUGUUUUGAUCCCAGUGUUGGCCCAAGUGUUAGAAGUGUUAGACAGAGACUGCAACUUGAACCUGCUGUAUGGAGAAGGGCUCAGUGAGGGUCUGGCUCAGUUCUGGCUGGAUAUCUUUGAAGAUCAACAGCUCCUUGACCUAACCCCCUCACAAAAUGCAAGCACUUCAGAACAGGAGAUUAAUGUGCAGUGUCAGCUGUUUUUUGGAGAAGUGGAACGGCCAUGUGCUGCUCCUUUUAGCUGGCUGAUAAAAACAUACUGCCAGAGUUUGUGGGAGGAAUCAGAGUUUGUGCGAGACACUGAGAAAGGCAACAAAGCAAGGAUUCUACAGUUUGUUAGUGCUGUAUCAGACAGUGGAUUGGGAAGCUUUAUUCAGAAACUCUCAGAGGGAGAGAAAGUUGAGUUGGGUCAGCGCUACUUGACUGAUUAUGUUCUUCUGUCAUUCAAAGUCCGCUCUGAGGAAGAGCGUUGGGUCUUUUAUUCUGCAGUGCAGGGUUGUGUGUCUGCUCUGCAGAUGGAGAUGUCAGUAACUCCUGAGCUCUCUCCAGCAUGGAUCCUUGCAGCAGCCCAAAUCUACGCCCCACGCUUGGACACAUUAUCACAUACCCUUCAGCUCAACCCUCAACUGGUUCCCAUCAUCCAACAAGAAAGAUCAAAGAGACAAAGCCCUGACAUGUGUGAGGACAUUCUAGCUGUUGGUAUCUGUGUUGAAGAAACAAAGCUCCUACCCGUAACAUCACUAAUUGAAUGCCAGACCUUCUUGCAAAGAGUUGAGAAACUUCAGCCAUGUUUAGAGAGAGUGCUUAGUACCAACUACAGCGCCCUCUGCAGCCUGGGCUGUCUCAAACACCUGGACACUAUAAAGUCUGUCUUUCAGGGGUUGCUGCUAGUGGCUGCUUUCAUUGAAAAGGUGGUCAUCAAAAUGAAAGUGGGAGAUGAGCGGAUAAAAGCACUGACUCUGAAACACUGCAGUCAGUUGCAUGGGCUAAUGGAAGAGUCUCCUGAUUUGAGGAGCACAGACAAUCUUCAGAAAAUCAUCCGCAUACUCAAUGAUUACCACGAUGAGUCCAUCAGCAGAGAACUGCGAUAUGGUAUGAAGUGCUCUGUGUGUCUGUUAGAACUGUCAGAGCCCACUACUCUUCCUUGUGAGCAUGUGUUUUGCCUGUCCUGUCUGAGGAGAUCCACAGAGAUAGGAGGAGCAGAGUACUGUCCCAUGUGCAGAGCACCUCUGUCAAACAACUUCCAGCCUAUUGUCUCCACAACCAUAGACUUAGCCCUGAAGCAGCAUAAAGAGAUAAGAAAAUGCUGUAACGCAUUUUUCCUGGAGGUGGUUUCUCGCUUCUGUCUGACUGAAAAACAAGACCCCCCAGAGGACCUGGUGGAACUGCUUUUUUCUCUCCUCAUCUCGGCACAAGGAGAUGUUUACAAGACCAGAGAGCUCACCCCAUUUUUGGAAUGUGUUGACCAGAGUCCUGUGGUGCGCUCUGUGCUGCCUAAACUCCUUCUGCAAUACAGUUUCAAACAGGUGAAGAAGCAUAUUCAAAGGUACUUAGAAGACCUGGAGAGCAAGCUUCUGGACCAGGAGGACAGAACUGAACUGUACCGACUCUUUGUUAACUGUUUCCAGGAUUCCCUGUUUUGCUCUGGAUUAAAUGGAGAUCAUAAACAUGUGAAGGAGAGCUCAAGCUUCCUUAGCCGACUGGCUCGUAAACAGACACCUUCCAGACAGACUGACCCAGCUGAGUUUCUGCUGUCUAUGGCUCGCCUCAGAAUGUGUCUGGACUCUGCUGCCCGUAUCCUGUCUAGAGCUAUCGGCCAAAAAAAUGAUAAUUUGGAGGAAGUGGAGCUAAAGCUUUUGGAGCAGGUGAAGGCUGUGUGUGUAUACUGUGACAAUGAGUGGUACAGAGUUUACCUUUUUCGAGCACUCAACAGGCAGGCUGGCAUGGACUGUCUGCAAGCACUGAUCAACAGCACUGAUUAUGAAUGGAUAUUUCCUGCUGAGAUACUACGCCUUCAUAGGUUGAUUCCUGCAGAGGUGGAUCGUUUUUUGUGUUGUGGUCAGUCUUACCUCAUUCUUAGAAAUGGAGUGGGAAAAGCACUGCAGGAAGGCACAACAAAUGGACUCAAAGAUGCUCUAAGGGAAGUGGUUGGUUCUGGCCCAGUGAAAAACGUCCUGCUGACUCUAGCUGUGUUCAGGCAGGUCACUUGUUGCUUCAUGUCACCUGAAAGAGCUAUAUAUCCUCAAGCACAGGAGUUCAGCUUCUUGGAGGACGUUGUUAGAGAGAACUUCUCAGGACAUGCUAGAGAGCUUUGCACCGCUCUCUUAUCCAAUCAGAUUGGAGGUCCAGGAUCUAACCUGAGUCUCAGUGCAGGUGUACCUGCUCAGCGUCGUCCUAUACUGGAGCUCCUAGUGCAUGCGAGCGCAGUGUUUUACAGUGGAAACGGACUGCUCAAUCCUCUCUACAACAUUGCCUCUCAACCUCUAAAAAUGACAGAAGCCUUCCUACCCACAAUGCCUGAUGACCAUACCAGUGAAGCCCAGCAGUGGCUCAAGGGCGAAAAACUGCAGAUGUACUUUUGUUCUAAUGGCCAUCCAAGCUUUGUGACAAAGUGUGGCCGACCAAUGGCUACUUCACGUUGUGACACUUGUGGAGUGCCUAUAGGAGGCCUGAACCAUAACCCAGUGGAAGGUUUUACACCAGUCACUAGAGUCAAAGACCUGACACAACCUGGACAUAUACUGGGGCAAGCUGAAAACCGGUCUGAAGCCCCAAACAGAGCUCUCACUCUAGCACAGUCUUGUGUCCUCCGUCUAUGUCUUCACCUGGCCAUGUUACAAGGGGCCAUUCAUCAACAACAGGGCAUCAGAAAUAUGAUCAAACCACCUGUUUAUGAUGUUGGUGAAUUCCUUUGGCAACAUCUCGAGAAGGACAUGGAGGUUCUUGGGAAGACUUUGAAUCUUAACAUGGACGACACUGCCAUUAUAAUUCAUCUGGUCUUCAGCAGGUCUCUACAGGCCACCUCAGGUGCUGGCGUAAAUCUGUCUUCACGCAAGUCCAGAGAACAGUGGGAGAGUACAGUGUGUAAAACAGUCAUCGAUCCUGUUUUACAGGAUAUGAACAGGAUGUUGGGCGAUGCACAGGACCUGAUUGCAGCUGAUAACCGACUUUUUAACAGCCCCCUGAUGAAGAUGCUGAGGGGAGACCCUCAAAAAAUAGAGAACCUUCAUCUCCCCACUAACUGCCCCACUCACCACUCUGCCUUCUGGAGCCCCUCACCUGUCCUAACGGUGGAAAGCUUAUCGCAGCAAAUACACCAGAGUCAAGCAGCCCUGCUUACCCUUUUUGUCAAUAAGGUACACUGCAUACGACAGCUGAUCCAUUUGCCGGCUCUUGCUGCCCUGUUGUCUGAUCUAAUGAAAGUGCUUCCUUCAGGCUCUGAGACCCAAACCCACACCAUCGCUUCACUGCUGCACAGUAUUCCUGCUGGCCAACAGAAGAAAUUGUUGUCGGAAAGAGUAGAGAUCUUCAUGAAGGUGUGGAACCAACUCAGAAUGGAAAUAUCCAAUAACACUUCAGUGGGUUUGGAUCAUGCACUUUGUGAAAAAGACCUAACUAAGGAAAGCUCUGGGCAGUUUCUCUCCCUGAGUCGUCGCGGACCAGGCUCAUGUCUCCACGCAGUCAUAGAUCUUCUGUCUGAGACACACAACAGUCUUGUGCGAGAAGCCAGAAAAAUCUGUCACCAGGAAGACAGUGACUAUAAAGUUCCAUUGGUGGCGCUGUCCGAGAGCCAACUUGCCCUGUGUCACCCGGAGCGGGAGUUGCUCCCUCUGGUGUUAGCUAACUGCCAUUACACACUUGAGAAGGGUCAGCAGACAGUGAGCUCCUUUGAUCAUGAGGCUAUUGAGAGAGAACUCAGCAGACGAUUUUUUGCAAGCAAACCACGCAUUCAAACAGACACUGAUAAAUAUUUGAGAAGACGCCAUCAGAAUUUUAUAGAAGUCCUCAAUGAGGUCAGAUCCAAAAUACCUCAGGAACCACUAAAGGGCUCUCUGCUCAGCUCCAUGAGAUCAAUGUUGCGUUCAUUCACUGAUGUGUGUGAUGCAGUGUAUACCGUGGAGAUUGGACUUCGUUUCCUAGGUAAAACUGGAGGAGACCCACAGGCCCUGCUGCUGUCAUAUCUGACAGACUCUUUGAAAAUGCACCAGCAGAUCUCAAGCAACAUAGCUGAGGCUUUAAAAGAGAACCGGCUUAGUCAGUGCACAGCCACCUGGCAGCUCCUUACCUGCUGGAAGAGUGAACAGAUGAGGAGGAAAGGACAGGAUCCAUUCCAGCACUUGUCCAAAGAAUUCAGAGAUAAACUGGAUUCAGAGGAAAGAAAGCAAGUGAAGGUUUUCCUUGGGCUCACAGAUAUUGACACUUUCUCUUUGGAGUUACAUGAGAUCCUUCAGCUCAAGACCAACAGCACUGUGGAAGACGGCUUCGCUCCGCAUUGGGACAUCAGGUCCACCAUGGAAUUUCAUUUGGAGGAGAAGAACAUCACUUCUUUUCCUGGUCUAGAGAGUCUUCCAGAGGAAAUUACUUUGGCUAAAGCAGCAGACAUCUGGAGGCUUGCAGUGGAGUUCAAACAUUGAAAUGUUCUUCUGAAUGAACUGAACCAAAAUGAAUAAUAUGUGAAAAGAUCUGGACUACUUUUGUUGUCAGAUGUUGCUGCCUUUGUCAUUUCUGUUGUAUAGGACUCAUUCCAACAUCUUAAAUCUUUCUUGGCUUGGCUUUUUAUUGUUUAUUAAAUUGAUUAAAAUAAUCUCUGUUUACUCUUUUAGGACUUUGAGUUGCACUUUAUUUUACAGUAUGUGUACUUGAGUUUACUUUCCUGAGAAACUACAGGGGUUAAGGUUAGGUUUAGGGGUAGGUUCAGGGUUAGUAUCUAAUUAUUACCUAAGUUAUUGUAAUUACUGUAAUAAUAAGUACAUUGUAUGUUCAUAGGGAACAACACUGUAAAAUAAAGUGCUACCGGACUUUGAAUAUGUCAGUAUUGUUAGGCACUUUAUUGUUUAGAGAUUUGUUUAGACUUGGAUUCAGAGACCAAUAAUUAAUUGAUCAAUAAUGUACUGUUGUAACACCUUCUUUUAUUUUGCUUCAUUCUACUUUUGCUAUUAAUCAGGACCAAAUAAAGUUGUAUUACUGAUCUACA